AUGAGGUGGAAACUGCGGAUGGGUCGUGAGGUGGGGCUCACUUGCCUCGGGAACCGAUACGUAUCGACGCUACCAACGCUUAGCGUGCCUUGCCCUUCUGUGCGCGCAACUCGCAAGGAAGGCUCAGGGGCUGCCGCGAAAACGGGCCAAUGGCAACACAGGGUCACGAUCCCGUCACGACGACGACGACGACCACUGCCCGCAAGUUGCAACGAUCUGAACAACAUCAGCGGCAGCAUCAACACCAAUGCUCGCCGCCCGUUACUAGUGUACCAGUUCCCGCUCCUCACCAAAACGGCACUUGAGUCUCGAGUUAAGCGUCCUGUACCGCACACCGCACCGUCCGCACCUCACCUCACCGCACUGCACCGCACGUACAAUACUUCGUACACGCGCGCUAUACCAUACGAGACCGAGACGAGGAAAAACAACCUGCUCAAUACCCCGUUUCCCGCUCAAUUGGGCAUAUGCCGCGAAUCCAUUCCCCUUCCUAUGGUUCCCCUCCCUCAUCCUCGCCAAAGCCUCCGCGAGAUCGACGGCGAGCAAACCCACCCGACCCAGCGUGACGGUGUCAACAUUGUCGAGGUCUCGGGAGGGAUCAAUGUCAUGAACAAGAUCCACCGACCAUGUGCCGUGGCCGAAACCAAAACCAGCUGGCGGGUCAUCAAGAUGCUUGCAACAAACUAG